CCCUGCAAACCUUCCCUGUUUCUUAUCUCUUCAUCCCCUAAGGUACAGAAGUGGCAGGACGUGUUGGCUGGCACCAUAGGGGUUGACGACAGACCGGAAGAAAAGUGCGGAGAUGCUUUUAUUGCCCCCGUCUUACAGUUGCAGUCGUGCUCUCCGAGUUCCUGUCUCUCUCCCCGCACCGCCCGGGAUGGCCUCCCAGAACCGCGACCCAGCUGCCGCCAGCGUCGCCGCCGCCCGCAAAGGAGCCGAGCCCAGCGGGGGCGCCGCCCGGGGCCCCGUGGGCAAGAGGCUACAGCAGGAGCUGAUGACCCUCAUGAUGUCUGGUGACAAAGGCAUCUCUGCCUUCCCUGAAUCCGACAACCUUUUCAAAUGGGUGGGGACCAUCCAUGGGGCAGCAGGCACAGUUUAUGAAGACCUGAGGUAUAAGCUCUCGCUGGAGUUCCCCAGUGGCUACCCUUACAACGCGCCCACGGUGAAGUUCCUCACACCCUGCUACCACCCCAACGUGGACACCCAGGGAAAUAUCUGCCUGGACAUCCUGAAGGACAAGUGGUCUGCCCUGUAUGAUGUCAGGACCAUCCUGCUGUCCAUCCAGAGCCUGCUAGGAGAACCAAACAUUGAUAGUCCUUUGAACACGCAUGCUGCCGAGCUCUGGAAAAACCCCACAGCCUUUAAGAAGUAUCUGCAAGAAACCUACUCGAAGCAGGUCUCCAGCCAAGAUCCCUGACUGUCCAGCCUCUCUCUUUGUGUUGUCUUUUUAUUUUCUCCUUAGAUAGUCUUUCUCUUCAUUUCUGUCUAGGACUCUGUAUCUUAAGCUGUGGUGUCAUUUUUGUUUUGUUUCUGUUUUUUAAAUUAAGUCUCUGGUUGAGCCCUUGUGACAAAUAUAUUAAAUAAAUACAUUGG